AUGAAGGCCUUCGCUCUUGCUUUGUUAUUCAUUUUUUGCUACGUUGAAUGCCGCAAAGUACUAGCACCAAUAGAUAAAAAUGUAAAUCUUGCAUUUAUCAACAUGGAGGCGGGAGGUAUGAGAGCCGGUAGCAACAUGCGGCCCGCUAAUGCGAAUCAAGUCCCAGCACCAGCGGCUCCCACACCUACACCUGUACCCAAACCAAUCAACGUAGUCCCAGAACCAAAGCCAACUUUAAAGCCAGUUGCACCAACGACCAUUAAAGCAGUGCCAGCAGCUAAACCCGUCCAGCCGACUCCGGCGCCGAACCAGAUCAAACCGGUUCCUGUCAACCCCUCCCCUGUGGCGAAACCUAUUACAACUCCUGGACCCGGCAGUGUCAAACAACUUAUUAACUUCUACGACAGCCAGGGUAAAGCCAGUCCAAUUCGACCAUACAGUUACAGUCAAGCAGUAAAACAAGGCUAG